ACAGAGACAAAGAAUGGAAGCGGCCUACAUGAAUCUACAGAACCAACUAAAGAACCUGCAAGGCGCCGAGCUUAAACUGGCCGAGUUACAAACCAAAUACAGUGGAAUGGAAAAACAAAACUUUGAGCUGAGUGAAAAGGUGAAGAAGUUGGAAAGAACAGAGAGGGAAUUUCAGAAGCUAGAACACAACAUUCAACUAUUACAGGCUCAAGUGCAAGAAAUGGACAUUGUAGAGCAAGAUCGAAACACCUUGAUGGAAAAAAUGAAGACCGUAGAAAACCAAAGAGAUGAUUUGUUGAGGAAAGGCCGGGUGGUGGAAUCCGAGAGGAACGACUUCCUACGGAGCAACAAAUUGAUGGAGAUGCAAAGAGAUGACUUGGAAAACAGAUGCGCUAUCUUACAAAAGACAAAUACCACCUUGAAUUCCAGGUUGGCUGAACUAGAACAGGACUUGAAAGUUGCUCAGACAAAGAUGCACGACAGCCAACAUGAACGAAACUUCCUUCAAGUGCAACUCGACAAGAUGGAAGCAGAGAGGAAUGAGAUGCAGAAGCGACUUGCUAUAACAACACAAGAACGAAACUCACUAGAGAACCAAGUGGCCGAAUUACAGGAGCUUAAUAGGGAUCACGUUAAACUUGAAGAUGGAUUCCAUUCUUUAAGAAUUAAGCUUGCGGAAUCCACGCGACAAAAAGAUGAUGCAGAGAUGCAAAUACCAACUCUAAAGGCCAAGAUAUCGUUGCUCAAAAGAGCGUGCAAAGAGAAGGGCGAACUAGUGGAUAAACUGAGCGAGGAAAUCCGAGAAUUACGUCAUUCCAUCGCAACAUCGGCUCUCGACGAUAUGUCUAAGAUCCGAAGCUACGGAUACUCGCCGGAGAACUUCGUAAAAUUGUCGGCUCAGAGAGAGCAAGAGCGAAAGAUAGCAAAACGAGAACCCGAGGACUUGGUGGAAGAAAGAUUACAAAGCAGGCUAGAAAAACAAUCUCCAAGUCGUUCACCCAAAACGUUUGAACCUUCACCUCCUGGGACGAAAAAGGCCAAGCGCUUUGUGGCGUUGUUUGAUUACGACCCUUACAAGUCGCCUGCCUGUGAGCACCCCGAACUAGAGCUCAAACUCAAGGAAGGUGACUUCCUUACAGUGUUCGGCGACAUGGACAUCAAUGGUUACUUUGAAGCGGACGCGAAUGGCGCACGAGGCCUGGUACCUAGUCUGUAUGUGGAGGAGGUAGAGGACGAUAAUGACUCGGAGCUUGCUCUCGAGGAGCAUUUAUCAAGGUCACGCAGAGACCCAUUGAAAGAUGUUCUUACUGUUUCGGACCCACUGAAAGAUGUUCCUUCGCACAUGGACAAUGAGCUUCAGUUGUACAGAGAUGACAAGUCUAGUGGCCAUUGUACGCCGUCAUCAGGCGCCUCUUCUGCAGGGUCUGAAGCACGUCAGUGCAUGGUGGCCCUACACGAUUACGAUCCUUUCCAUUCUGGGGCUUUUGGACGACCACCUCAAGAUCAGCUGUCACUCAAGAAAGGUGACAUUAUGACAGCCUAUGGAGACAUGGAUGUGAAUGGGUUUUAUCGCGUUGAUAUGAAUGGUCAAACAGGUUUUGUUCCUGGCCACUUGGUGGAGGAAGUUUCGUCAUCGUCCUUCCUGCAACCUACCAGCAGCCGAGCUCCAGAACAGAUUUUAGGAAUGCUGGACAACAUUCAAGCACGUGGACAACUGAGAGGUGAGAUGCUAGUGCCAGGUUUAUUUGCAGCAGCUUCGUCAACUCAUAUGUUCACUCCACCUGGUGUUAUUACUAAUGGCUACCCGACGCCGACUCAUGCGCUAGAAAAUGUUACCCCACCAAGUCACGUGCGCUUUCCCGGCCACCCCAGCUCGCCAGCAAGUCACAUUCAUCUUCCUGGCCAUCCCGGCGCACCAACAAAUCACGUGCGCCUUCCCAGAGACCUUAAUACACCAUCAAGUCACGUGCGCCUUCCCGGCGAUGUUAGAACGCCGUCAGGUCCCGUGCGUCCUACGGGCGGUCUAAACAGCUCUCUGCCUGAUGUGGGAUUAACAAGAUUCAAACCAUCACCGGAAGUGGCGAUGUUGGGUCCUUUAAAUAAUACACCGGUGAUACCGGUAAACUCGUCCCAGUCUGCGCCCUUGGAUUCACACAAACCAGUGAAGGCAUCUUUACGGCCCUCGGGUUCGAAACAGAUCGUUCCUGUUGUUUCAAACAAAUCACGUUCCAGGAAAGCUCGUCCCAGUGCCCCAAGUGGCUUUCGAAUUAUUCGGCCUGUAAACCACGAUGCCAUGUUGGUGGGUUGGACACUACCUGAAAUGGACGAGUUUGGAAGAAGCAACGGUCUUACUGUGAAAGGAUACAAGAUCUAUGCAAAUAAUGAUGUGAAACUGGAAGUUCGUAGCCCUUACAUGGCCAAGGCUUUGGUCGAAGAUCUUGAACUCCGUUUCCCUAUCAAAUUCAGUAUAAAGACUGUGGCUGAAGAUGGCGCCUCGUCUGAGACCGUGUCAGCUACGUUUAAUGACACAAUCAAAGGAACUUUAAUGGAUUCAUUUGGAGAAUCUUUCGAGGAUUCGGGAGAUGAGCAACGUUACAGAACGUUUGUGGCCCUUUACGACUACGAUCCGUUCAAAAGUUCACCAAAUCCCAAUCCAGCCAGCGAACUCGGCUUCAAAGAAGGAGACAUUCUAAGAAUUUCCGAUACUUCAAGAAAGGACGGGUUCUACGUCGGAAAGCUUAAGAACAAGAAAGGACUCAUUCCAUCCAACUUUGUAGAAGAAGUAGCUGUGGCUUCGCCGCGUAGAUUGGCUGCUGCUAAGAAGAGACAAGCAGCCCUUCCUAGUCCCACGCGGCCCUUCUCAGCGGGCAGUAGUAGUUCCAAUGGCGGCGGUGCUUUACCAGCACUCGCAACUACGAAUCCAACACAACUGAAAAAAAAGAUGAUGGUUGCGCUGUACGAUUACAAUCCAGAGGUGCAAUCUCCGCAAGAUAACCCAGAUUCCGAGCUUCCAUUCAAGAAAGGACAAAUCCUUACUGUUGUUGGGGAAAUGCGUGCAGAUGGUUUCUAUCAUGCGGACGUGAAUGGUCAGUUGGGACUUGUUCCAGGAAGCUUUCUUGACGAAUAUGCAAACGGGGAAACUGACAGUGGUCUGGACUCUGGAAGACGUGUGUCGUUUGAAAAAGGAAGAACGCAACACCUCCUUGGGGGACUGAGUCGAACAUAGGCACUACGCAUGUCAUUAAAACACGACUCCGCUUCCUCGUGUGCACUUGAACAGAUGGCUAUUCGCAGCCAAUUUCCGCGGCAUUGCUUGUGUUUAUAGCUUUCCGAUCAACAGAAAAAGUGUAAUUUUAGAAACAGUGAUUUUCGUGUUUAAAAAAACAUGAGACGAGACAAUUUCGCAAGAAUGAAUUUCAAUUAGUUUAUCAAUUUUAGUAUUUUAAUGUUUCAAUACUGCUGUAGAUACAGCUUCUUGUAUGUAGCAAUAGUAAAUAGUUUGUACAUAGGAAAAGAUUUUUUAAACUUGUACAGAACGAGGUCUUGUAUUUUAUCAGACGUGAAGAAUGCAAAGAUAUAUUACUUUAAAGAGUUCUGAGAUAGGUAUAAUAUAUUAUGACAAUUGCUUCAAAUUUAUAUACAAGACAAUAUUUAUAAAACAGAAGACAAAAACUUCCCUGUAAUGAGAAGAAUACUUCGUCUGAGAGCAUAAACAUUUUUUUACCUUUUUUAGUCACACUCUUUUAGUUUGUUUUACGUUAGUAAAUAAUUCAUUUUUCGCUGA